AGAGGGGGGUCAAUCUCCGAUGGUCUCUCCAGCGAUCAGCUGAAGCCUCAUGCAAUCCUCGCCUCUCCCGGGUUACCUUGCAACAGAGUUGCAAUCUGGAAUCCGGCGGCGGUGACAAUGUUGCUGAACUGGUAGCCAGGAGCCUGCAGCUGGGAGCUGUACGAAGUCUAAACUUUAAAAAAUCGCUUUCCAGAAGAGGAAGAGAAAAUUGCACUACUUAGAAGCAUACAUAUAUUAUAUGCAUAAAUAUAUAUAAAUAUAUACACCUUUUUCCCUUCUCCCCCAUGAGUGGAUUUUUCUUGUUAUCUGAAUAGAGAUCCUAGAAGAAAUCUUGGGACUUAUUGCUUUUCAUAAUUAAAAGAAAGAGGAAAGAAAAAGCAGCAAGGAACCAUUUCAUCUGCUGCUUGGUUGCUGCCUCCUUUUGCAAGAUGAAGAAGUUUUUUGACUCCCGUCGAGAGCAAGGAGGCUCUGGCCCGGGGUCUGGCUCCAGCGGAGGAGGGGGGAGCACCUCGGGCCCAGGGAGUGGGUACAUCGGCCGCGUCUUCGGCAUUGGGAGACAUCAGGUCACUGUGGAUGAGGUAUUGGCCGAAGGGGGAUUUGCCAUUGUCUUCCUGGUGAGGACAAGCAAUGGGAUGAAGUGUGCCCUCAAACGUAUGUUUGUCAACAAUGAACAUGACCUCCAAGUGUGCAAGAGAGAAAUCCAGAUCAUGAGGGACCUCUCGGGACACAAGAACAUCGUUGGCUACAUUGAUUCUAGUAUCAACAAUGUGAGUAGUGGCGACGUAUGGGAAGUUCUAAUUCUCAUGGAUUUUUGUCGAGGAGGUCAAGUAGUAAACUUGAUGAACCAGCGUUUACAGACAGGCUUUACAGAGAAUGAAGUGCUACAGAUAUUCUGUGACACUUGUGAAGCUGUCGCCCGCCUACACCAGUGCAAAACACCAAUCAUCCACCGGGAUCUGAAGGUGGAAAACAUCCUGCUGCAUGACCGAGGUCAUUAUGUCCUGUGUGACUUUGGAAGUGCCACCAAUAGAUUCCAGAACCCACAAGCUGAGGGAGUCAACGCAGUUGAGGAUGAGAUUAAGAAGUACACGACGCUCUCCUACCGAGCUCCAGAAAUGGUCAACUUGUAUAGUGGAAAAAUUAUCACUACAAAGGCUGACAUUUGGGCCCUUGGUUGUUUGUUGUAUAAAUUAUGCUACUUCACAUUACCAUUUGGGGAGAGUCAGGUAGCCAUUUGCGAUGGAAACUUCACGAUUCCUGACAACUCACGCUAUUCCCAAGACAUGCAUUGCCUCAUACGGUAUAUGUUGGAGCCAGACCCUGACAAGAGGCCAGAUAUUUAUCAGAUCUCGUACUUCUCAUUUAAGCUCGCCAAGAGAGAGUGCCCCAUUCAGAACGUUCAGAACUCUCCCAUCCCUGCUAAGCUUCCAGAACCAGUGAAAGCCAGUGAGGCAGCUGCUAAAAAAACCCAGCCAAAGGCCAGGCUGACGGACCCUAUUCCCACAACAGAGACGUCGAUUGCACCCCGCCAAAGGCCGAAAGCUGGACAGACCCAACCCAACCCAGGAAUUCUCCCUAUCCAGCCAGCCUUGACACCUCGAAAGAGGCCCACUGUCCAGCCUCCAGCUCAACCUGCAGGACCAAGUGUUCCAGCUGGCCUCCCCACCAAUGUCCCUCAACCAAAAACCCAGCCUCCACCCAGUCAGCCACUCCCACAGGCUCCACCCAAGCAGCCACAGGCUCCACCCACUCCACAGCAGACACCUUCCACUCAGGCCCAGGUUCUGCCUGCUCAAGCCCAGGCCACACCCCAGCACCAGCAGCAUCUGUUUCUCAAGCAGCAGCAGCAGCAACAACAACAACAGCAGCAGCAGCAGCAGCAGCAGCAGCAGCAGCAACAGCAACAGGCCACGUUUUACCAGCAACAACAGCCACAGCAGCAGCAGCCACAGCAGCUGGCACCAGCUCAGCAGCAGAAGCAAGCACCAAUAAGACAACAAGCAAAGGCUCAGACCACCCCACCCCCUGCUAUCCAGGGACAGAAGCUUGGAUCUCUCACUCCUCCCUCAUCCCCCAAAGCCCAGCGGGCUGGACACAGGAGAAUCCUCAGCGAUGUAACCCACAGCGCCGUCUUUGGUGUUCCUGCCAGCCAGUCGACUCAGUUGCUCCAGGCAGCUGCGGCUGAAGCCAGCCUCAAUAAGUCCAAGUCUGCAUCCACCACUCCAUCGGGUUCUCCCCGGACCUCUCAGCAAAACGUUUACAACCCUUCUGAAGGCUCCACUUGGAAUCCCUUUGAUGAUGACAAUUUCUCCAAACUUACUGCUGAGGAGCUCCUGAACAAGGACUUUGCAAAACUUGGUGAUGGCAAACCUCCUGAAAAACUUGGUGGAUCAGCAGAGAGUCUGAUCCCAGGCUUUCAACCAGGUCCAGCCACUACUCAAGCAGAUGCUUUUGGCUCCUCUUCUUUUUCUACUGGAACUGCUGAAAAAACGAAAGAUGUGCUGGGUCUGGAUGCUAGCCCUCCUCUUCUGAACGUGUCUGAUCCUUUCAUCCCUCUCCCAGUACCUGAUGCACCAGAAAAGCUUAUCGAGGGGCUCAAAUCUCCCAGUACUUCACUUCUCCUUCCUGACCUCUUGCCUCUGGCAGAUCCCUUUGGUAGUACUUCAGAUGCUGUGAAUGGAAAAGUUGAUGUUGCUGUUGAAAGUCUUAUACCAGGACUGGAGCCCCCAAUGCCCCAGCGCCUCCCAUCUCAGACUGAUUCUGUCACAUCCAACCGAACAGACUCUCUCCCUGGGGAAGAUUCCCUUCUUGAUUCCUCUCUGCUUUCUAACCCAGCUACUGACCUUCUAGAUGAGUUUACUCCCAUGACAAUUUCUGCUCCAGCUCAUAAAGAAGAUAGUAAUCUCAUCUCAGGUUUUGAUGUUCCUGAGGGCCCCGAAAAGGUGGCAGAAGAUGAGUUUGACCCCAUUCCCGUGUUGAUAUCCAAAAACUCACAAGGUCUCCAGAGAGAGCCAAACCCAUGUCCUUCAAUAAGUGUUGAGCACUUUGAAGAGUCUUCUCACCAAGGUCUUCCACUGGAACCAGACUCUAACAGGGGGCCAGGGGCCAAAUCUCAGAAUAAUUUAGAAUCUGACUAUUUGGCAAGAGGUAGGCCUUCUAGCAACAGCUCCUUUCACAGCAGUGAAGAAGAAGGGACUGAUCUUGAGGGAGAUAUGCUGGAUUGCAGCGGCUCUCGGCCUCUCCUUAUGGACUCUGAAGAAGAGGAUGAAUCCUGUAAGGCUCCCCAGGCAGGGUUGGUAGAAAAAGUUAAUCUCACUCAACCAGAAGUUUGCAAAGAAGAGACUAAGACAGCUCAUGGUGGGAAAGAGAACCAGUUCCAGGCCUUUGCACAACUGACUGCAGAGGUUUCUGGGGAGCCAGAUGUUUUUGCCACAGCCCCUUUCAGGAGUGCGAGGCCCCAUUAUGACGGCAUGGAUAUUUUCACCAAAGCCCCGUUUGUCACCAAGGGCCACGUGGCUCCUCAGGUGCCUGAGGAUGCAGAUGUAUUUCUGAGGGCUCCUUUCACCAAGAAGAAGAGCGUGGAAGAGCUUGCAGUCACUCAGGGUGCCACUAUGGAUUUACCCACACAAGCUGCUCUCCAUAGUCAGAUAGGGGAUGGUCCACCAGUUAUUAGCCCUCUGCUCUCAAACCUUGACAGGGGGGUGCAUUCUGCAGCACUCUCUCCCCUAGCUCAGUAUCCCAUGGUGGGAUUUCUCCACCAAUCUAAUCUCCCUCCCAAUUCUAUCCAGUCAGCAGAAAGCCUAGACAACAUCACUUGCAAGGGGACCUCUCUGGAUACUGGAGGCUACCCUAAUGACAGAAACAAAGGUCACCCAUCCCAGAAGGAAGCUGCCUCUGGCUCUGUGGCCAGCAAAUCAUUCCGCCCCCAGUCAUUGUCCAAAUAUUCUCGUCACUAUAGCCCUGAGAAUGAGCCAAGCCUGGAAGCCCAGCCCAUUGCUGCCUACAAAGUUGUUUCCCAAAGCAACAAGCAGUCAAUCUCUGGAUCCAUUUCCAUCACAUCCUUUUCCUCCAGGACUACAGAACUUCCCAGUGUUGAUCCUUUUGCUUUGGCACCCUUUCCUUCCAAAUCAAACAAACAGAAACCUUAAGAGCAUCUCCCAUUCCUGAAGCUCCUCACCCAAACACACAUGCUCCUGCCCCCCCCCCCAGCCAUCCCUUUUCACACUACCCUCAGCUGCUCUUUCCUGACCUUCUGAGCCCCUACCAUCACAGCAGUAUUUCUCUUCCAGUACCCAAACCCAACUGCAGGAGUGGGGUGGAAGGGGAAGGAAGAGGGGUGUCAAGUUCAAACAUUUUAAAGUUAUGCUCAAGUUUCUUUUGCUUAUAUUGACUGCUGGGCUUCUUGGAGUGUUCACCUUUAUGGUGGCUUUCCACAUGAGUCCUACAUUAUUGCUAAGAGCUUUUUACUUUACCCCCUCUUACUCCCAGCCUUUAAGGGGCCAGGCUAUGUAAGACCUAAUUCCUGUUCAGUGUUAGGUCAAGUGAGGAUUCUGGAAUAAGUCCCUCAGGACUGAUUUAAUGCUCUAGAAGGGUUUGGGGGUUUGUUUAUUUUUUAAAAGGUAGUUUCUGGGGGGGAAAGCAAUACCAGAUAGUGCUUUCUUCCCAAGAGGAAAUCUCAUCUUGCAGCUACUGAUUAUUCUCAUAAAACCAGCAAACUCCAGAUGGAACGCUUCAGCUCAAUUAUGAGUUACCGUGUGCAUGCUGGGCUGUGUGCACACUGUAAUUGAGUGUGGAUGUGUGGAUGUGGGAUGUUCCUCCUAUCCAUAUAGAUACAGAAAUGCAUGCUUGUGUGAUGUCUCUGUGCAUAUUUGUAGCAAUAUCAAUGAAGUCUCCAUAUCAUGUUUUACAAACUGAUUUGAAUACUCAGAUCUGUAUUUUCUGAGACAACACUGCAUUUGAAGCAUGUAGUCUUACAAUACAGGAAACAUUUUCCAUUAGGUUAAUGCUCUCCUCACACUCCCCAGAUAGCCUUUCAUUAGCAUUUCCCUAUGGACCUAAUUCCUCUCUGACACCCAGCUCUUAUUGAACAACCAUUUUUUGACAAUAGGAUUGAACCCAGGAGAAAGGAGAGGUUGGAAGGGAUGCAUCAGGAUAAAUUUCUUUACCUAUUUUUAUUUUCCACUGAUAAAAACCAUUCAUUUGGUCAUGUAAUAUCCAUUUUAUAUAUGCAUUUUCCACUAUGGCUCUGUAGGAGAGGAUAUUUUGUUAGGGUCUUGGUCAGAGUAUGAAAUCUUAAAAGAAAAGUAGAAAGAUCAAAAGCAUUAGGCCUGAUUGCAAUAUAAGAUCAAUAGUGCAGCUAUAUGAUUGAGCUGGAAAAGAGGUUAGCUUCAGGACCCUGGCCCAGCUUCUGUGCUGUCUGGUUAAAGGAAGGAUUGAUCAGAAUGAUCCAAGAUACAUGUGUCAGGGCAGGGAAGGGACCCAGAAAUUUUCCAAUUCUUUUCUCUCUUUUCAUGAUGUAUUGGUUAGAGAAAGAAGCCAAUAAGUGAUUAGUGUCUUCCGAAAUGACAAUAAAUACUGUCUUUAGAAAGAUAUGCCACAUCCCUACCUUCUCUUUGGACUCUUCAUUAUUAGUGCCUUAAAAUAAUAACUAGGUCUCUGGAAGAAGAUCUCAGCUGAAAAGUUCAGUUACAUGUAAAAGCACACUUCAUGGGCAGGCUUUAAUGUGAACCCUUCAUAUGACAGCUAGUGAGAUUUGGAAAAUUCUCCAUUGGAUAGAGAACUUUCUCUGCCAGGUUCCUAUUUUGAACAUUAUUAACCCAAGAUUGGAGUUUAUACUCAGUAUAGAGGGUUAAGAAGGUAUAGCAUCACAGUUGUUAAUUUUAUGGUAGCAAUACCUGUCCUUCAAAGCUGUUUCUAGUUGGGACUUUACCUGUAUCAAGUCUAGUUCAGUGAUAAAUUGAAUAGUGUUCUGUACUUAGGGCUGCUAGCAACAGCUUUCAAACUGAAGUGACAACUAGGAAUCUGUGUCCUUCCCUUGAGAAUACUCUGAAGACAGACAGACAGAUAGAUACAUAGAUGCCUCCCCCAGCUAAACCAGAUACCUCUCUGAUUAUGAAGCAGUCCAUGGCACAAGGUCACCCUGCUCAACUGUUGAAUAAUCCAGGUAUGCUAAAUCUUUGCACAUGGAGCCUAUCUAGAGCUCUUCUCGAGGUCAUUGUUGAAUAGCCCUCCAAGGCUAUUCAAGUAGAGAGAUCAGAUAUCUAAUAUCAUCCAGGAUAUAGAUUCUCCUGUCCGUAGUGGACUACAUGGACACAUAAACACAAACACAUAAAGAAUCAUGGAAUCUUUAAAUUGACAAGAAUCUUCAAAGUCCAUCUACUGAUCCAACCUCCCACAAAAUGGUAGGUUUCCCUACCACAUGGUCAUCCGCCCAGUUUUUUUAACUUUAUUUUUAAAAGAACAUGGCAAUACAUCUUAAAGACAAAUUAACAAUUAAUUAUUUUGAGUAAAACUGCAUGAGUACAAAUGACAAAUUAACAAUUAAUUAUUUUGAGUAAAACUGCAUGAGUACAAAUGAUUUGAAAACAGGAGAAAAUCAUGAUAACUAGAGAUAUAAAACUCAUUAAAUAGAGAUGCAGUUGAGCUGGUCAUCUGUUAUAAAUAUAUCUCAGUCUAAUAUGACAAGCCCGAAUGCCUAUAAAUUGCUGUAUGGAUCCAGUGAUAAUAGUUUUUGUCUGAUAUAGAAAAGAACUUAAAUGCAUGCAAAUUGACCUUAUCAUGUUCUCUUAUUCAAUCCUUAGCAAAAGGCAUAGUGAUCAUUACAUGUAACAUGCCAGUUUAAAUUUAACAAUUUCCUGGGAUUUCUGUUGGAUUUAAUGCUAGUUUUCUGCCUAGUUGUAUUUUUCUUAAAAUUGGCUCAACUUAAUUUAAAGACAGCUGGUAGGGCUGAGUUAGAGCACUGGGACUUGAUUCAGGUAUACCUAAAUUUAAAUCCAGCCUCAGAUACUUACUAGCUAUGUGAUCCUGGGCAAGUCACUUAAUCUCUUUACUCAACUAAAAUGGGGAAAACAAUCUCCCAGAAUUGUUGCGAGGAUCAAAAU